AUGUUAACCCUACGAAGACACUUGUUCAAAGGCAGGUUGAAAAAUGCCCUUGAACCACCUCCACCAAGCCAUUAUGAAUACUCGAUCUCACCAAAGACAUACAACUUCAAAGUUCCUUCCACGAAACAAACGCUCAACCCGAUCCAGCUAAUAUAUCAAAAGGCAGUCAAUUUCCCAUUUGACAAAUCAAAUGAAGAAAUUUACAACUCAUAUCCCAAGGUGACGUCAAAACAGCUACUCGAUAGGAACACGAGACCAAAAGGAGUGCUGAUGAGUACUGCCGACUUUAUUGAGGACCUGUUGUACAACAAACAUUACGGUUACUUUGCCAAAGAGGCCGAAAUUUACCAUCCAGACAAGCCCUUCAAUUACCCAGACGUAAAAGACAUCGAUGGGUUUAUGGAUGCAUGGGGUGAGUCGUACUCCAAAUACGACAAAGAUGAAAGUAAGCCACUUCAACUAUGGCACACGCCAACCGAGUUGUUUAACCCUUACUAUGGGGAGAGUUUGGCGCGUUACAUUUUAUUCAACUACAAGCUCAAUGGCAACUAUCCAUACGAAGACUUGAUAAUAUACGAGAUGGGAGGUGGUAACGGAACGUUAAUGUGCAAUAUCCUCAACUAUAUCAAGAGACAUGAACCUCAAAUAUACGCCAAGACCCAGUACAAAAUAAUUGAGAUAUCACGCCAGCUUGCAAAAAAGCAAAAAGCAGCGUACAGCAAGAAAUUAAAGGAGGAGGGUUUGAAUGCAGAUAUAUUGGACAUACAUAACGUGUCCAUUUUCGAUUGGACUAAAGCUGUCGAAGAGCCUUGCUUUUUCAUUGCGUUGGAAGUGUUUGAUAAUUUUGCUCACGAUAUGAUUGCGUACGACAUGACUACGGGAGAGCCAAUGGAAGGUAAGGUCUUGAUUGACAAGAAAGGCGACUUUUACCAAUUUUUCACACGUGAGUUAAGCCCUUACACCAAUGCGUAUUUGCAACUCAGAGAGCAUGGCAACUUUUCCGUAUUAAAGUACCAAUCGACAUUGAAGGGAAAACUAGAAAGCAUUAAAAGUUUCUAUAAGUCAGUCCAUCCAUUGCUAGAGUCACCAACAAAGCUCAAAGGGAAGCAAAUGAUUUUCCCAUUUAAUGAUGAUUUAUCCACCCCCGAAUACAUCCCCACGAGGCUUCUCCAGUUCUUUCAAAUAUUAAAGCACAAAUUUCCUAACCACUCAUUGAUUAGCUCUGACUUUCACUACUUGCCCAACACCAUCAGAGGCUUCAAUGCUCCUGUGGUGCAGACGAUGUUAAAGAAGGAAAUGGUGGAUGUGCGAACUUACAUGGUGCAACAGGGCUAUUUUGAUAUAAUGUUUGCGACUGACUUUGAAAUAGCCAAUGACAUGUAUCAAAGGGUAACUGGUAAAAGUUCCAAAAUAAACACCCAUAGGGGGUUCUUGGAAGAAUGGGCGGAUGUCGAGGCUACAACGACAAAAGACGGAGAGAAUCCAAUGUUGGAUUUUUAUAGAAAUGUCAGUUUCUUAACAAGCUAA